CUUAGGUUCACUUUCAUCUACAAAAAGUUGAAAGCGCCCUCUCUUUCUUCUUUGUUCUCCCUUCCACUUCAUCUCUGCUUGCUUAUACUUCUACUAUCUAUAUCCGUCUAGCAUGUCGGCUCAUACAGCGAAGAGGAGGAAGAUCAGCCCAUCUCCGCAUAUUACCCACAAAGACGAGCAAUUGAAUGCGUCAAGUCAAAAUGAUCCCUCAAAGACGACUAGGAACGAGAUUUCGGGUAUAGAUAGCACGGCUAGACGAGGAAACAAUGAUUGCUCUGCAGAGCUUGCGCUGGCCAGCGGAUUCUACAAGUCUAAUCUUUUCAAGCUACAAUUAGACGAACUGCUCGCUGAUUCGAGACCAAACUAUGAUAAACAUGUGUCAAGGCUUCAGGAUACCCUUAAUAGGCUUAAGGAAAUUAUUGAAAACAUACCUGAGAGACCUCCGAAACCCGCCUUUGAAGCCGAGAAGGAUUUUCGCAGCGUGCAUGGCAUUGUCGUUCCAUAUCCCGAACCACGUCCAGGGAAAGACACGAAGUAUUCCGUAUCAUAUAGCAAGCCAACAAACGUUAACGUGGUAGGGAGCUUUGCUCUUAGGACAGGGGUCAGAGCAUCAGGACCUUGCACGGUCGAUUUGGCGGUGACGAUGCCGAACACUCUUUUCCAGGAGAAGGAUUAUGUUAAUCGUCGGUAUUUCCAUAAAAGGGCAUAUUACAUCGCGUGCCUCGCGGCUGGAAUCAAGGAGGCUGGGAGCUUAGGCUUUGAGGUCAAAUUUGCACAACAGGACGGAGAUAGCCUUCGGCCACUUGUUCUCAUGGAAUCUAUAGAUUCCGCUAGCAACGGGUCCAAAGCCACGAGACAACAAAUUCGCAUCUUCACUGCUACUGAAGAAUCCUUGUUUCCCAUCAUCCGUACUCUGCCGAUGAAAAACAAUGUGCGCCAGGGUUCAACAGAUUGGCCUGAACAUCAUGAGCCUACUCCCUUUUACAAUGCAGCCCUCCGCUCCGAAGCUACAGUGGCACCCUUUCACGAGCUUUUGUAUUCGACGGCCCAGGUGUGUGAUUCUUUUAGGGACGCUUGCAUUCUAGGACGGAUAUGGCUCCGUCAACGAGGAUUUGGAACUUCUUUUCAAAGCGGCGGAUUCGGAGGAUUCGAGUGGACUGUUCUCAUGUCUCUUCUCUUUGACGGAGGUGGCAUCAACGGAAAGCCGGUUCUUCUAAAAUCGUACAGUAGCUACCAGCUAUUCAAAGCAACCAUUCAGUUUCUUGCAGGAAGGAAUCUGACAAAUCCGCUCCUGCUCUUCGCAUCCGAUGUCCCUUCUCCUAGUGGUACGCCUAUGCUCUAUGACGGCAAAAGGGGGCUGAAUAUACUUUACAAAAUGUCGCCUUGGUCCUAUUCUCUCCUUCGUCAUGAAGCAAGCACCACUCUGAGGAUGUUGAACGAGUCUCGUGAUGAUAACUUCGAAAAAGUCUUUAUCUAUAAAGUAAACGAACCUCUGCUAAGGUUUGAUCGACUUGUCGUACUCCCAAUGCCUGAUUAUGGCGAUAUCCUUCGGACCAUUAGUAACCAAAACGCCAUAUAUGAGGUCCUCACGAAAGCCUUGGGGGAUAGGGUGGAGCUUAUAUGUUUGUUUGGCCAUGGCACUGAACCUUGGUCUGUGGGGAGAAAAUACUGUUGCAGAAAGGCGAGCACAACCCUUUUUGUUGGAUUAAACUUGAAUCCUGAAAAUACGAUGCGAGCCGUUGAUCAUGGUCCGUUCGCGGAACAGAAGGAGGAAGCAGCAACUUUCCGGUCUUUCUGGGGGGAAAAGGCCGAGCUGAGACGUUUCAAGGAUGGUACUAUUCGCGAGAGCUUGGUCUGGUCUGACCAGCCGUCAUUCUCUAUAGUAUAUCAGCUUCUAGUAUACAUCCUUCAACGACAUUUCAAUUAUGCAGAAAAUGAGGUCAGGUAUAUCGGCGAUGAAUAUGACAAAAAGCUCUGCAAUAGCGGGGAUGGGAUAUUCUCGUAUUCUAGUCCUUCAUUCCAGCUGGUUACCGAUGCUUUCAAUUCACUGGAGAAAUCUUUCCAGGGGUUGGAUGAAGUUCCGUUGACUGUUAGACAGUUGACUCCAGCUAGUCCACUUAGCCGGUACUCAGCUCUUAGAGUCCAAAGCGCUUCUGGCGUUAUUCGUGGUCCCGUGGAUAUUGUUCUCCAGUUCGAAAGUUCCUCAAGGUGGCCAGAUGAUUUGGUAGCUAUUCAGAUGACUAAAGUGGCCUUUCUAGUCAAGAUAGGUGACUCCUUAGUGUCGGCUGGAGCUGCUUCGUCAUGCAAAGUUGGGCUAGAGAACGAAUCGAGCCGCAUGUUAAACAACGCCUUUUUGGACAUAUCCCACACAUCGGGGGUCAUUUUCCGGCUUAGGAUACAUCAUGAUCGGGAACAGUUAUUACUAGAGCGUCAGCUGAAAGAAAAAGCGGCGAGCCCGCAAGCAAAACAAGAAGUUGCAUAUACCCUAUCAGCGUACAAGCGACUCUUCAUCCAGUCUCCUCGCCUGACUCAAGCAAUUCGUACUCUAUGUACGCGUUUCCCCUUACUAUCACCCACAACCCGCCUCGUCAAACAUUGGUUCAAUUGCCACCUUUUUACCGGCCUUAUUAAAGAAGAAGUAAUUGAGUUAUUGGUGGCUCGAGUCUUUACUCAACCGUACCCCUGGGAUAGUCCUUCAAGUGUUAUGGUCGGCUUGCUGAGGACUCUUCAUUUCCUUUCGCGGUGGGACUGGCAGCAAGACCCAUUGAUCGUCGAUUUGGGCGGCGGGCUUGACCAGGAUGCUACUAGAGCUAUACACAAUCGCUUUUCAGGAUGGAGAAGCGUCGACCCGGCAAUGAACACUGUUGCUUUGUUUGUGGCUUCAGAUAUGGAUCCUGAUGGGGUAACUUGGACGCAGUACGAAAUGCCUCCGAAGGUAGUUGCAGCCCGGAUGUCCAUGUUGGCGAAGGGGGCCGUAAAGUUGGUGCGGGAAAGGGGCCUUGCCCUUACUAUUUCCGACUUAUUCGAAACAUCAUUGGCACCUUACGAUUUCAUUGUUCAUUUGCGCUCGAAAAUACUGGAUGAUCGCCCAGUGUCAUUUACAAAGUAUAAGAACUUGAACGGACCAGAUAAAAAGGGCCAGAGCGUCAAAUCCACAGCCGUGGAGUCCUUCAUCCAUGAUUUGCAAGCCUGUUUCAGUCCGAAUAUUCUCUUCUUCCAUGGAGACGAAUGUGAUGUGAUUGCAGGGCUUUGGAACCCACAGGCAAUGAGAUCCAGGAGCUGGAGUCUGAAAAUGGCAUUCUCGUCAUCCCCAUCGACAUUGAAAACUUCUGGAAAGGGCGAGGUUUCGAUCAACUGUGAUGCAAUUCUCAACGAAAUAUCUAGGCUAGGGGGUGCUUUGGUUGACAGCAUUGAAGUUUUGGGCGUAGAUUAGGGUUCUUAUGAAUCGUCUGUAUAUUUUCAUAUGUAUUGUAUUAUACCUAGGAGCGCCGUUGCAAUGCAAGCAUAUUGAAAUCAAACAAGAGAGUAAAGGUGAGAAUACAACACAACAACCAAAGCAAAAACAAAGCUUUUUUCUCUAAAAAUAAAGAGAAAGAAAGAGCGAAGUGUGACUCUUAACAUUACAUCACGUAUCAAUCUCUGUCCUCAGCCUUACGGUGCAGCUGCUUUCUCAGACUUCUCUAGAUGUGUCUGAGAUGAGAAUGAACAGAACUUGUCCUUGAUUGCCACAACCUCAUAAGUUCCCUCGUCCGAGGUUUUAAUCGUCUUGAUAUGUUCGAAGGAAAUGUCAUGCUUAAUGUCAAGUAUUUCCGAUUUCUUUCCUUUUCGUGCGAUAGAGCUACGAAUAUACCUAAAGAGAUAAUUAGUCUUUAGGUGGGAGCAAAAAAGAAAAGAAAAAAGACAAAACAUACGUGAAUUCAAAGGGUGGUG